AAAUUAUUUUCGCUUCCAUAAACAGCGGCAGCAUGCAAACCGCGGGGUUCCCGAUGGCCCUCGCGGUGCUUUUGACCAUGUUAACGGUGAUGGACGUGAAGGCGAGCGGGGAAUACUGCCACGGCUGGAGGGAUCCGCAGGGCGCAUGGAGAGACGGUUUCCAGUGUCCUGAGCGCUACGACGCCGCCGAGGCGAUCAUCUGCUGCGGCAAGUGCGAGCUGCGUUACUGCUGCUCCAGCACAGAGGCCAGGCUCGACCAGGGCACCUGUGACAACGACAAGCGGGGCAGAGAGGAGCCGGGUGCUGGCCACGAGGACGGCAACAACUCCGGGGCAGUGCCCAUCUAUGUGCCUUUCUUGAUUGUGGGGUCGGUCUUCGUGGCGUUCGUCUUGCUCGGCUCGGUGGUCGCUGUGUGCUGUUGUCGUUGCCUCCGACCCAAACAAGAACCUACCUCCGGGGGUGGGCGUCUCCUGGAGUCCAUCCCCAUGAUGACCUCAAGGGGAUCCUCCUCCCGUCAGUCGAGCACAGCCACCUCGUCCAGCUCUUCAGCCCCGCCCAGCGCCACUCGUCCUAUCCCUGGUCCUGCUCCCGCCCCCAUUUUGCGCGCCCAGGCAUCGUGCUGCCUGCCGCCAGAUGCCAGUGUCUACGUCAACAUGCCCACCAACUUCUCCGUGUUAAACUGCCAGCAGGCGACGCAGAUCAUGCCUCACCAGGGUCAGUUCCUGCAUCCUCAGUACAUCGGUUACGCCCACCCAGUCUCACCCACCCCGGCCUUCCUGGACCCUACGCAGGGUGCCUACAGGGCCCUGCAGUCUCCAUAUCCUCCACCUACGAGUGUGACGAGCAUGACAAGUGUGAGUGGAGAGCAGAAGCAGCCGUCUGUGACUAUAUGAGAGGCUCCUUGUAUGUGUGUGUUACACAGAGGAGCAGAAGUCAUGAGGACCUGAAUCCCGGGUCAGUUCAGGGCCAGGCGCAGUGUUGUGUGUGUGUCAUGUGCGCUGCAGACAGUGAGUGUGCUGUGUUUAUGUUGAGAAGACAGCCAUCCACUCUGCACGCUCCUAUCAUUAGCACACAUCAUGGAGGAAGUGGACACUGUGCAAAUGCCGUCUCCUUAGGGUGCCUGUCCCAUUUCCUAAAAUAUUUUUACUCCAGAAAUCUCCAAGGUGGUACAA